CAGUUAGGGGAGAAGCCACUAGUAUUAAUUGAGCGGAAUAUGAAGUAGAAUUCAGCAGAAACUGAAGCAAAUUCUAGAUGUAAAUGAGGAAUAAAGCAAAUGAGUGAGUAAGAAGCAGGAGUUGUCUCUAGUGCCGCUACUUAUACGUCCCACUGCAGUUGGUCUCUUUUAUUAGGGGUCGGUUACACAAAGCCCAGGGCUCGGCCGGAGGAGCGGGAAGAGGAGGGUGCGAGGCAGGGAAGUCACGGAGCUGCUGACGUUGGAAGUCCUGGCGCGCGCCUGUAGGAAACAAGUUGUGAGGUAACGGGAGGGAGAGGAAAAGAGGAGGGAGGAGCCAUGAUGGGGCACGUGGGAGGUGACAAGAGACCUGAUUGGUGGAGAGAGACAGUCAAUCGUUUGUACAAAGUCCCUUAGCCAACCGGCUUCCCUGGUACAAACGGCAGCGCAUCUGCUCAGUCACGUCCACCGGCGGCGGGCUCUGUAUCCAGCACUGGGGGAGCCUCUCUUUCAAUGGAGGAGCAGCCCGGACAACAGCAGCAGCACUUCCGCCACCAGCAGCUUCUCCUCCCCCACUGUCCGUCUCCUCACAGCCAUUAUUACUAUUAUUGCAGCAACACUCAGCGGCAGCAGCAGCACGAAACUCACAGCGGCGCCGAAUGGCAGCCCGAGCCUCUGGAACAUGAACAGAAACCCGAGCCGACACUCGCCCUACAGCUGCUCCCGGAAACGCACCCGGAGGAAACGGGCCAUGGAGACCUAAAUGGUACUGCAACAGAAAGAUACCCCUCUCCAAAGACCCUGGACUCGGAAAAGGCUGCAGGUCAGGCUGCUUCUCGGGUUACAAAUGGGAACCAACUAACUUUCAACAGCAGCACCAACUCCAAGCAUUCAUCCAAGGUCCUGAGCUUUGGUAAAAGUGGAAGCAAAGUUAAAACCUUGCUUCAUAAAAACAGUAUGGACAAAAAGAAUGAGAAGCCUUAUGUAAACAAACCUAAAGAGAACAAACACACAGACAAAGUGGAGGCUGGGCCCAUUCAGAACGGUUUGCUGGUAAACAGCUCUGGAUAUAUAACUAAUGGUUAUGUGAGUAAAGGUGCUGAAAAUGAUGGCAGUGGUUCCGAGAGUGGCUACGCUACGCCUAAAAAAAGCGAAGACCGGUGCAUCAAUGCCAAGAGUGUUGAAGGGUCUAGCUUUUUAAUAGACAAAAUGAUAGACUCUGAUGUCAAAUAUGAGUCUGAGAACUCCAAGUCUGAUUUAUUUGUUGACCAGAAAGGAGGAGCUAGACUGGACAAUGGAAAGGCCUCUUGGAAAUGUGAGGUUGCAGUCUCUGGAGCUGGUCGGGGUAAACCAAACUCUGUAGAUUUGCAGAGGAAAAACUCUGAUGCCAGACCAGUAACAGGAAAGAAAUUUGAUGAACGGCCCAAAGGGAAAACGUCUACAACAUCCUCCUCAAAGGAGGACUCCUGGUCAUUGUUUAAGCCUCCCCCUGUUUUUCCAGUGGACAACAGCAGCGCAAAAAUUGUUCCUAAAAUAAGUUAUGCAAGCAAAGUUAAGGAAAAUCUCAACAAAGCUGCCUUGAACAACUUCGCUUCACCAUCUUCCCAUGCCUUUGCUCUGGCAGCUGUGGAGGUCCCAACUUUGAACUGUGUUUCCCAGGUCCCCAUGUCUGCCAUGAAGUCUGUAUCUACUGCUAACUUCUCCAAUGGGUCACUUAUAGUAGGACCUGAUGGAAACUUCUUGGCCACUGCUGCUAGUACUGUAUCACACACACUGCCUGCGGGAGUAGAAACUUUACCCACAGAUAUACCUUCUGCCCCAACACCCAAUGAACAAAAAAAGCCUAGCCUUUUAACUUACCCUUCAAAUAUGCAACAAGCACUGCCGGAUACAAUGCAGGGGGAACUGUCCGGUCAGUCAAAUCAACAAAGCCUGGGUGAAAUUUUUCAGAAUCAGUGGGGCUUAUCUUUUAUUAAUGAACCCAAUGCAGGUCCAGAUGCUGAGGUGGACAAGCCUUCACAUGAGCAGAUUGUCUGGGAGCCCACCAUCCCAUCAGCUUCACAGGGUGCUGAAGUUGCUUCCUCAGGAAAAGAGCGCCCAGUUUUUCCCAAGGCCUAUGAAUUUGAGAAACGGACUAGCCCUCAGGUUCCAGAAAGUUCUACCGUGCAAACAACUGGUGAUUCUUGGGACAAGGGGUCUGCUUUAUUUUCAGACCUGCAGCACUUAGGGGAGCCACGGAAGACUGAUGCUGCUAGUCAGGGUUAUUUAGUGUUUCAGUCCAAGGUCUAUGAGUUGGAUAUUUCCUUCCAGGCCCCCCUAAAAAACACUUUACAGACCUCUGCCAAAGAUAAGAGGUACCAUGCAGGCCUUGCACGGAAAGAUAGCUGUGGUUCUUUUGACCCGAGGGCUGCUAUUCUCUAUCACACUAAAGAAAUGGAAUCUAUUUUGAAUUUGCAAAAACAAGAUCCCAGUAGGAUAAUCACUUAUAACAAAGCCAUGGAUCAUCCUGAACACUGAGAUAACCACCAUUGGACUUCUGGCGUUCCUUUUACAUGUGCAUGAGAGACACCUGGCUACUGUGCCCCUUUCAGAAUCUUCAGUGCAGCAGAGGAAAAAAGCAUACAUAGAAUCGUUGGAGAUAAAUAUAUAUAUAUAUAUAUAUAUAUAUUUAAACAAAUUAAAAAAAGAGACUUCUGAUUUAUUCAGGAAAAGGAUACUUUUUCCCCCCCCCAAGGGAUUCACAACAUUUAUUUGUAUGUUGGUACAUUUCAUUAUUUCCUGUGAAUUUUUAAUUUUUUUUUAUUUAUAUAUAUAUAUA